GCGCAGGCUGCGCCGGGCUCGCUCCUCCGCCGGCCGGGGCCGCCCGCCGCCUCCCGCCCGCUGCCGCAGGACCCGCCGCCGCCCUCAGCUCUGGAAGAGACCCUGAAAUUUGACCUGGUGGCUGAGUCUGGAGCCUGGCCCUUCCAGCCCUGCCCCGUUCUGCCCCUUGCUGUUUAGCAGAAGAAGGAAUUUGAUGAGCCACCCCUGCAAUUUACUCACAUAAUUCCGGCAGGCCUGACAGAGGGACAGCAUCUGAAGGAGAGAAGCUAUAGCCAUCUGAGCAUAAACCACGGUGGGCAGCUCUGACAGUAAAGCCAACCUAGAUUCCAAAAUACAAGGCAAACCUGAAUCAUGAAAUGGAAUGAAGCUGAAAAAUCAGUGACAUCUUUGUGAAUUUGGGAUGAUUGUGAUGAUCUCAGGUGCACACAACUAGACUCUUAACUGCAGCAAUGAGUUCAGACGAGAAAGGCAUAUCCCCUGCUCAUAAAACAUCCACUCCAACCCAUAGAAGUGCCUCCUCUUCAACAUCCUCCCAGAGGGACAGUAGGCAGAGCAUCCACAUCCUGGAGAGGACUGGUUCCACCAGCACCGAGCCCUCCGGAAGUCGGCAUUUGCUAGAACCUGAGCCAGUCUCCCUCUCCAAGGAAGCUGACAGCUGGGAAAUUAUAGAAGGGCUGAAAAUAGGCCAAACCAAUGUCCAGAAACCAGACAAACAUGAAGGCUUUAUGCUGAAGAAAAGAAAAUGGCCUUUAAAAGGCUGGCACAAGCGUUUUUUUGUCCUGGAUAAUGGAAUGCUAAAAUAUUCAAAGGCACCACUUGAUAUUCAGAAGGGGAAGGUCCACGGGAGCAUCGAUGUAGGAUUAUCUGUCAUGUCAAUUAAAAAGAAAGCUCGGAGGAUAGACCUUGACACAGAAGAGCACAUCUAUCACUUGAAGGUGAAAUCCCAGGACUGGUUUGAUGCCUGGGUGUCCAAACUGCGCCACCAUCGCUUGUACCGGCAGAAUGAAAUUGUGAGAUCGCCGAGAGAUGCUAGUUUUCACAUAUUUCCUGCAACUUCCACAGCCGAGUCCUCCCCAGCUGCUAAUGUUUCUGUUGUGGAUGGAAAGGUGCAGCCGAACAGCUUUCCCUGGCAGUCCCCACUACCAUGCAGCAACAGCCUCCCUGCAACCUGCACGACCGGCCAGAGCAAAGUGGCAGCCUGGCUGCAGGACUCAGAGGAAAUGGACAGGUGUGCAGAAGAUCUUGCACACUGUCAAUCAAACCUUGUGGAACUUAGCAAACUCCUACAAAAUUUGGAGAUACUUCAGAGAACUCAGUCAGCACCUAACUUUACUGACAUGCAGGCUAACUGUGUAGAUAUUUCAAAGAAAGACAAGCGGGUCACAAGACGCUGGAGAACAAAAAGUGUCAGCAAAGAUACAAAAAUACAACUGCAGGAAGGGCCACCCGCGAAGGGCCAGUUCAGCGCAACCCGGCGCCGGCAGAGGCUAGCGGCAGCAGUGGCUACCACAGUCCCUUUCAGUGCCACCAUGUCACCAGUUCGCUUGCAUUCCUCCAACCCCAACCUCUGUGCAGAUAUUGAAUUUCAGACUCCCCCCAGCCACCUCACUGACCCUUUGGAAAGUUCAACAGAUUAUACAAAGCUGCAGGAAGAAUUUUGUCUAAUUGCACAGAAAGUGCAUUCUCUUUUGAAGUCAGCGUUUAAUAGCAUAGCUAUAGAAAAAGAGAAGCUGAAGCAGAUGGUUUCCGAGCAAGAUCACAAUAAAGGCCACAACACGCAGAUGGCCCGGCUGCGGCAGUCACUGUCUCAGAGUGAAGGAGGAAGCAAAUCCUGGGCACUCAACCAGAAUGCUGAACUGCGGAGUCGGCUGAACAGAAUACAUUCAGAGUCUAUCAUUUGUGAUCAGGUUGUCAGUGUAAAUAUUAUUCCUAGCCCUGAUGAGCCUGGCGAGCAAAUCCAUGUCAGUCUCCCCUUAUCCCAGCAAGUAGCCAAUGAGAGCCGCCUCUCCAUGUCUGAGUCUGUGUCUGAGUUCUUUGAUGCCCAAGAGGUGCUCCUAUCUGCAAGUUCAUCAGAAAAUGAGGCUUCUGAUGACGAGUCUUACAUCAGCGAUGUGAGUGAUAACAUCUCAGAAGACAAUACCAGUGUCGCAGACAAUAUUUCUCGGCAAAUCCUGAACGGGGAGCUCACGGGAGGUGCCUUCCGAAACGGGCGGCGCACAUGCCUGCCCGCCCCCUGCCCGGACACCAGUAACAUUAACCUGUGGAACAUCUUGAGGAACAACAUUGGCAAAGACCUGUCGAAAGUCUCCAUGCCUGUAGAGCUCAACGAGCCGCUCAACACUCUGCAGCAUCUCUGCGAGGAGAUGGAGUACAGUGAGCUCCUGGACAAAGCUUCAGAGACCGAUGAUCCCUACGAGCGCAUGGUGCUCGUUGCUGCAUUUGCAGUUUCAGGCUAUUGCUCCACCUAUUUCAGGGCAGGAAGUAAGCCAUUCAACCCAGUCCUGGGGGAAACUUACGAAUGCAUUAGAGAAGACAAGGGAUUCCGAUUUUUCUCAGAACAAGUUAGCCAUCAUCCACCCAUUUCUGCUUGUCACUGUGAAUCAAAGAAUUUUGUGUUUUGGCAAGAUAUCAGAUGGAAAAACAAGUUCUGGGGGAAGUCAAUGGAAAUCCUGCCUGUUGGAACACUGAAUGUCAUGCUUCCAAAGUACGGAGACUACUAUGUGUGGAAUAAGGUCACCACGUGCAUACACAACAUUCUCAGUGGGAGAAGAUGGAUAGAGCAUUAUGGAGAAAUAACCAUUAGAAAUACCAAAAGCAGUGUUUGCAUUUGCAAACUCACAUUUGUCAAGGUGAAUUAUUGGAAUUCCAAUGUGAAUGAAGUGCAAGGGGUUGUGAUAGAUCAGGAAGGAAAGGUAGUGCACCGGCUGUUUGGGAAGUGGCACGAAGGACUCUACUGCGGCGUGGCCCCCUCGGCAAAGUGCAUCUGGAGACCAGGUUCCAUGCCCACCAACUAUGAGCUCUAUUAUGGCUUCACACGGUUUGCUAUUGAGCUCAACGAAUUAGAUCCCGUACUGAAAGAUCUCCUCCCCCCGACAGAUGCCCGAUUCCGGCCAGAUCAAAGAUUUUUGGAAGAAGGAAAUUUAGAAGCUGCAGCAGCAGAGAAGCAAAGAGUAGAAGAACUCCAGAGAUCGCGAAGACGAUACAUGGAAGAAAACAACCUUGAACAUAUACCAAAAUUUUUUAAAAAAGUUACUGAUGCGAAUCAAAGAGAAGCCUGGGUUUCUAACGACACCUAUUGGGAGCUUCGAAAGGACCCUGGGUUUAGCAAAGUAGACAGCCCUGUUCUUUGGUAAACUGGGAAUGUAGAGCUAGCCAACCUGUCACACUCUGAAUGAAUAAAAUAACUAUGCACAAUUAUGUUUCUUAUAGCUACGCGAGGUUUCUGGGUUGACUGAAAAUCUACCAUUUGCUUUUCUAUUCAUCUUUAUAAUGGACUUUCAAAAGUGCAUUAGACAUGGCCCCUAACCACUUUUGGAUCCUUUCUGUUUUGCUGCAACCAUAAUUCCUUAAAUUAAAAAAGAAAAAAAAAAACCACACCCUCCUCGGAAAGGAUAAAACAAACAGAAUAUAAAAUCCAAAGUCUGAAAGGUUUGUAAAGAAAAUCAAACUGUAACUGGUGCUUAACACUGAUCAAGAGAGUUAAAGACAACAUAUAAGCCACUUGCUCGGUCCACUGUCUCGAAGGAACGUCCCCUUCUCUUAGAAGAGCUCCCAGGCCACAGCAGUGGGUCAGUUCAGACUUCAAGUGUGUUUUCGAUGUGGUUGUGCUGGCCUCGUCAGAAAGACGUGAUGCUUCCCAGAGCCUGUUCCAUCUGUAUGCCAUUGUUCAUGCCUUAAGAAAUGCAAAGAUGUACAAUAAACCGUUUUUUAAAUGUGUGCUCAUAGAUGUAUGUGAAGGACAGAUCUUUUGAAUCAUGGCAUGAUUCACUUUCUCCAACAGAGCAAUGAUUCACUUUCUCAGUCAGAACAGUGAUUCGACUAACAAAUGGAUUUACGAAGUGAACAACAUGUGCUUAAUGUUGAUAAGUGAAUUAUAUGGUAUGUCCGAAGGGCACAAGGAAAAGUGUGCUGAGUAAGAUCUCUGUAUUCACACUGUGCAUUAAGUUCAUGUCCUGUGCCCAGAUAACCAACUCUCCCUCUUCCACCUCACCUUUCUCCUUUCGUUUGGCAAAAUGUGUGCUUUGGACAUUUGUCGCCAAUGAUAAAACUUUAGAUGGAAAUGCCAAAUAGCAUCUGGAAUUUCAGUGUGGGCUUAGGACUGCAAACUGUCCCUGUUUCUGAGUGAAGCACAAUGUAAACACAUCUUUCACCCACGACCACCUCGUUGCCAGCAUUCCAGUUCCACUGAGAACAGAAUCAAGAAUGCUUGUAGUUGGGGCUGGAGAUUUAGCUCAGUGGCCUAAGCACCUGCCUUGCAAGCAGGCAGUCCUGAGUUCGAUCCCUGGUACCGAUAAAAAAAAAAAAAAGAAUGCUCAUAGCUUACCUGCAUUGUUACAAUGGGUUCUAUGCAGAAUUAUAUUUCUUAUUUUUAUCAAAUGAUUCCAAUAUGAUACAUGACUACACAUUAGGAACUUAUCUUGCUAGGGACAGAGAUAAUAAAACUUAGGCUAAAGAAUUCAUCCAUCCCAUUGAGAAGAGGGCAGAAAUAUGUUUUGCAUACUGCAGGAUUUGUUUUCCUCCAUAAUAUACAGAAGCUUUCACAGGAAAUUUGCAUUGAUAUUCCUAAGUUUCUGCAUGUAGAUAACUAUAAAAAAUGCCUGUAUUUUUUUUAAAUCUCUUAAAAGAGAUUUUCCUAGAGAAUUAUAAAAUUACAUAUAUUUUAUUGCUAGUUAGAUUUUUAUUCUUAGAUUCUUACCAUCUAAAUUUAAAUGUUACUUUAAAAUCUCGUAAUAUGGUUAUCGAUAUUUUAUAUUCACUUAUGAAGUCUUGAUUUUAGUGUUAUUUCUCCUCACUGCAGCAUUUCUAAUAAUGGCUAAUACAUCACCAAACAAAAACCUGCUGGUAAGAAUACAAAGGAAAACUAAAGUUUCCGCUAGAUGGAGCAAUAUUUAGUUACCUGAAGCUCAUUCCCCCCUUUCAGACAGGUCCAUACAUUAUGUGUACAGUUGUGUAAGUUUAGAAUGGAAUUUCAUUCUCAAAUAAAUUCUUUAAACCAUCGUCACCAAAUCUGAGCAUUCCACUUCAAUGACCUUCCUGUGCUUCUCAAAUCUUAUGACUCCUGUUUUAAAUCUUUAUGAGGCUUUCAUUAUGGUUCCAAACUCUCUAGAGCAUCGACACUUUUCCUGUUCAUUCAUCUUGACAUCCUUUGAUUGACAUCCUCAGAUACACUGAUUUAAUUUUAAUUGUAAUUUGAUUAGAAUAUGUUGACCUCCUCGCAGAAAUCUGUUCCCUUUUGAUUGGUAAAGCUUAAAAUACUAUUUAAAGUGGUUUUAGCCUGUACUUGCAUUUUUUCCAAGUCUCAAAAUAGCAUAGAUACAAGAAGCCGUCAAAGUGGAAGUGUAGUUGGUGGAGAACAGGAAGAGGAGGCCGCAGGGCACUAACAGAUAAGACAGCAGGAAAGCUGGAAGAGGACCCUGGACCCAUCAGGGAAGCAACCGCGCACCUAGAAUUAUGAUUGAGAAAAUGAAAAGCUGUAGACAGGACUUGGAGUAAGUAAAUUCAGCCUGCAAAAUGUUGAUCAAAGCUAACUUGUAACGCUGAUUAGGAUUUCAAUGAGGAUGAGAAAAAUGUCAAAUUAAUUAAAAUCACUAUGCUUUAUAUCAUAUUUAGAAUCCCUUUAGGGUGCCUGUACCCUGAUUAUUACCAUUUGGUAGGUCAAUUAAGUUUUAAGUAAUACUCCUUUAACAUCUGAUUGACUAAUGUUCCCCAUCAGACAUGCAUAUUGGUAUAAUGGUGUCAUCCCUCUUUUUCAUUUUUUAUUGACAGUGAUGCUUAUAGAAUUAUGAGACUUCCUCAGUGGAACUAAACAGGAAAGGAUACAGUAUUAGAUCAUACUGUUGAUGAAACCUGAUACAUUCCUUGGAAUUUUGUAUAAACCUUUUUAUUUCAGGGACACUUUUUGCUUUUCUUUUCCCCUAAAAUGAUGUAGGACAGAGAAGAACUUGAUAUUUUUGAAUAUUUCUCCCAUGACUUAUUUAUGAGCACCUUCCUCACACUUGAGAUGGUAAAGUGACAAUAAAUAGCAGUGACCCUAUCUAUAGAUGGAACAGAUUGAUUGCACACACCAGCGCGUAGAGAGCCUACAAAAAACUAAAUAUUUUAAUUCUGAUGCUACUGCAGAAGGUGCAAUUCUGUUCUUCAAUUCUGCUGUUUUUUUAAAUUAAGUUUAUUGGUACAUUUUAGGUAUACAUCAUGAUCGCAUUCAUCAUUGGGAAUUUGUACCUAUAAAUGAUAUAUCUUGAUUCAUUAUUUUUUAUGGAUUACUUUAAAAUAUCUUCUCCAUAAUACCCGGCAAUUAUAAAAAUAAAUUUCAUUUAAGGUACACUUAAUGCUCAAUAUUAAUUAUAUUUGUGGAGAAGGACCCAAAUGUAAUUUUCUGGGUAUGAAAAAAUAGGGGCUUUUCAAUACCAAGGAUGCCAACUUGUCAAUUUUCCAAAGCUUUUGCUCUCUUGAUUAUUCUGGCCCCGUGCCUUUCAAUUAUUAGAUUCUGUCCCAAGACCAGUGGAAGGGAACUGAAGGAGGAAAACCUGAUUAAUCUGUUUCUGCUUAGUAUCGGUUACAGCUGUGGCUUGAGAAGCAUUUCGAAUCAUAAAAAAUACAUUUUUGUUACUACCGUGUGGAUUUUAAUUAUCCAUCUUGCCUAAUCUUGUUCUCUGUCAUCCUGGAUAAUGAAGUGUUUGUGGUUGCAGAGCUACACACACACCAGGGGAUGUAAUAAAUGUUUGCACUUGGCUCAGUAUAUUACGAUGUGGCACAGUAAAUAAAGUUUGUGUACAAAAUACUAGUUUAUUUCUAUGGGAGACCUUAUGUUCAGGAUAUAUAAAAUGUAUCUAAUUAAAUCAUUAUGAACCUA